AAUAUUUCUACGGAAGGAGCUGCACGGACUAGUAAAGGCUUCUUGUUUUACCUGAGCUCCCAGUGAGGUCACUGCAUCAGCUGGAGGCAGACGAUGUGGCUCAGCCUGGGGAGAGCACAGAUGUGCACCCGUUGUGUCUUGAAGUGCCAUCAGCUGUAACAGAAACUCCAGAUCGCAAGGCCUCCGCCAGGCAUCCACACACCCUGAAACCCAAGGCCAUGGAGCUCUCCGACAGCGACCGCCCGGUCAGCUUCGGCUCCACGUCGUCCUCCGCCUCUUCCCGGGACAGCCAUGGCUCCUUUGGCAGCAGAAUGACCUUAGUCUCAAACAGCCACUUGGGCUUGUUUCACCCAGAUAAGGAAGCCGGGGCCAUAAAACUGGAGCUGCUUCCAGCCGGGCCGUUUUCCAGCAGCGAGCUUCAGCGGGAGAGCCGGGCUGGGCCGCAGGACACGGACCAGGGCGGUGACGUUCAGCCCAGGGCCCCAAGGGUCAUGGAAGCAAGUGGGGUGAGCAGAACAGGGGCCGAGUCGGCCACCAGCCCCAAGCUCCUCUAUGUGGACAGAGUUGUUCAGGAGAUUCUGGAGACCGAAAGGACUUACGUGCAGGACUUAAAAAGCAUCGUAGAGGAUUACCUUGACUGCAUCAGGGACCAAACAAAACUUCCUCUGGGGACAGAAGAAAGAUCAGCCCUCUUUGGAAACAUACAGGAUAUCUACCACUUCAAUAGUGACCUUCUGCAAGAUUUGGAAAACUGUGAAAAUGAUCCUGUGGCCAUAGCAGAAUGUUUUGUGUCCAAGAGUGAAGAUUUCCACAUUUACACGCAGUACUGCACGAACUAUCCAAGGUCAGUGGCUGUGUUAACAGAGUGCAUGCGGAACAAGAUGCUGGCCAAAUUCUUCAGGGAACGUCAGGAAACUCUGAAACACUCUCUGCCUCUGGGGUCCUAUCUCUUGAAACCAGUUCAGCGGAUUCUCAAAUAUCAUCUCCUUUUGCAUGAAAUAGAAAAUCACCUUGACAAGGACACAGAGGGCUAUGAUGUGGUGCUCGAUGCUAUUGACACGAUGCAGAGAGUGGCUUGGCACAUCAACGACAUGAAGAGGAAGCAUGAGCACGCAGUCCGGCUGCAGGAGAUCCAGAGUCUGCUCACUAACUGGAAGGGGCCAGACCUGACCAGCUACGGAGAACUGGUGCUGGAAGGCACCUUUCGCAUCCAGCGCGCCAAGAAUGAGCGGACGCUCUUCCUCUUUGACAAGCUGCUGCUCAUCACAAAGAAGAGAGAUGACACGUUUACAUACAAAGCCCACAUCCUGUGUGGCAACCUCAUGCUUGUGGAAGUGAUACCCAAGGAGCCGCUCAGCUUCAGCGUCUUCCACUACAAGAACCCGAAGCUGCAGCACACAGUUCAGGCUAAAUCCCAGCAGGACAAACGCCUCUGGGUUCUGCAUCUGAAGAGACUGAUCCUGGAGAAUCACGCGGCCAAGAUCCCGGCUAAGGCCAAGCAAGCAAUACUUGAAAUGGAUGCCAUUCAUUAUCCUGGGUUCUGUUACAGUCCUGAGGGAGAAACAAAAGCAUUGUGUGGUUCGAAAGACGGUUCUGCUCCAUAUCGGCUGAGAAGAAAAUCUGAACCUUCCUCAAGAUCACAUAAAGUUUUGAAGACCAGUGAAACAGCACAAGACAUCCAAAAGGCUUCCAGAGAGGAAGGGUCUCCCCAGCGGACCUCAGCGGGGCCAUCUCCGGCCCCAAGGAACAGCCAGCCGAGCAGUUCUGCCAUCAUCAGCGUGCUUCGCGGGGGUGGAGCCAUCAGAAACAUCUGGACGGACCACCAGAUCAGACAAGCCUUGUUCCCGAGUCGUCGGUCCCCUCAGGAGAACGAAGAUGAUGAAGAUGAUUAUCAGAUGUUCGUGCCAUCCUUCUCCUCCUCAGAUCUGAACUCGACCAGACUUUGUGAAGAUAGCACUUCCAGUCGCCCUUGCAGUUGGCACAUGGGACAGAUUGAGCCCACGGAGACCACCAGCUCUGGCCACCGGGUGGUCAGGCGGGCCAGCAGCGCUGGCGAAAACAACACAUGUGCUCCUGAAAUAAGAAUUAGGGACAGUGGUGGCUCUCAGUACAGCCCCCGACGGGAACUGCAGAGUGACCCUAAAACAGAAGGGCAGGACGGAAUGACUCCCUUUGGGUCAUCUGUGGAGUUGACUAUUGAUGAUAUAGACCACGUCUAUGAUAACAUAAGUUAUGAGGACUUAAAACUAAUGGUUGCUAAACGGGAAGAAGCUGAAUCCACACCCCCCAAAACAGCCAGGGACUCUGUUCGCCCCAAGAGCACGCCAGAGCUCGCCUUCUCAAAGAGGCAAGCUGGCCCCGAGAAGAGCUCUCUGCACACAGAGAGGGAUGGAGCUCUAACAGGUCACCAGGCAUCGAACCAAAGCACACAUGAACUCCAGAUGGUGGAGGAAAACAUCUACGACACCAUAGGGCUCCCAGAUCCGCCCUCCCUGGAUUUCAAAUGCAGCAGCCUGAAGCGCCCCAAGAGGAGCACCUUCUUAGGGCUGGAAACCGACUUUGCAUGCUGCGACAGUCUGAGGCCCUUUGUUUCCCAGGAUAGCCUCCAGUUCAGCGAGGACGAAACUCCUUACCCCCAGGGACCCUCCGAUAAUGAUUAUUUGAGUCUGCUCUAUAACUCUUUCAGCUGUAACCUGUCUGUAGGUGAUAAAUCUAUAUCUGAUAAACUGUCUGAAGAAGUAGAUGAAAUCUGGAAUGACCUGGAAAAUUACAUCAAGAAAAACGAAGUCAAAGCUAGAGACCGGCUCCUCGCAGCCUUCCCUGUCAGUAAAGAGGAUGUGACAGACAGCCUGCACUCCGAGAGCACCCCCGAGCUGGGCAGAGACACGGUGCGUUCCGUGUCUACCCUCUCGCUUCCUGAGGGCCAUGCUUUCCUCACACCACUGAAAGACAAGCCCGGCAGAGCUGGCCGGACCCACUGCCCGUUUGAGGAGGACCUGAUUUCUAAAGAGGGCUCCUUUAUGAGUCUUAACCGGCUGUCUCUGGCCAGUGAAACACCUCCCAUGGAAAACCCCUACGACUUGGCCAACAGCAGUCUAUCCCAACCAGACUUGGAAACCCCUGACCCUGGGAUGGAUGCCACAGAUAAGACAAAAAGCAGGGUCUUUAUGAUGGCCAGGCAGUACAGUCAGAAGAUCAAGAAGGCAAAUCAGCUUUUAAAAGUGAGAAGCCCAGAGCUGGAGCAGGCACUGGCCAGCCAGCAGCAUAAACCCACGCACAAAGACCUGGCAGCCAUCUUAGAAGAAAAGAAGCAAGGGGGUCCUGCCAUCGGUGCCAGGAUUGCUGAGUAUUCCCAACUGUACGACCAGAUUGUAUUCAGAGAGACUCCCUUCAAGACUCAGAAGGAUAGCUGGACGAGCCCUCAAGAACCCCGCCACCUCAGGGCCACAUCACCUUCCCAGGCCCAACACAGCAGCGAGGAUUGGCUUUUGCAUUCAACCUACAGUAACGGAGAGUUAGCGGAUUUCUGUCCCCGGCCAGAGCCAGACUUGAAGUCAAAACAUCCUACUUUAGCGAUCAGUGCAAAGAGCACUCCAAGACAGCUGUCUGCAGCUUGCUCUGUGCCUUCUCUUCAAACCUCCGACCCUCUGCUGGGCUCCUUGCAGAGACACAGCGUCAUAGUCAGUCAGCCCAACAAAGAGAACUCUUUUCAGGGCCACCUUUACAACUCUUUGGGUCGCAAAGGCCUCCGUGCAAAAUGUCCGCCGCACAGCAGGCCCCAGUCCUCUUCCUCCAUCUUGAUAAACAAGUCAGGGGACUCCAUCCACUACCCUGGGGAGAUGGGAAAGAGACAGCUGCUGUCUUCACACAAAAGUGCGAGGUGUGAGAGUCCCCAGGAUUUGCUGCCAGCUAUGGCUGACUCAUGUCCUCGGGGCACUGAAAAACACUCAGAUCUCACGCUCCGAGACUCACAGAAGGUUCUGGUAGUAAGUAGGAAUUUACCCUUCAGUGCCCAAAUAGCGACCCAGAACUACUACUCCAAUUUCAAAGAGACUGAAGGAGACGAAGACGACUAUGUGGAAAUCAAGUCAGAAGAGGACGAGCCGGAGCUAGAGUUGUCGCACGGCCGGAGGAAGAAAUCCGCCCCGGGGAUCGUGGAGGCCGACUUUCCCGAGAACGCCUGCGGCAGCAGCACCCCGUACUCUUUGAAUAGUCCGUGCGCUCCAAAAAAGCCAAUAAGCGACAAGCUGGGGCUGUCCCCCUAUCUGACGUCGUACAGCGAUUCGGACAAACUGAAUGACUAUCUCUGGAGGGGGCCAUCUCCCAACCAGCAAAAUAUCGUCCAGUCGCUGAGGGAGAAAUUUCAGUGUCUCAGUUCCAGCAGCUUUGCCUGA